GCGGCCGCAGAGACGCGCAGCUUCAUCUCUGCUGAACGAACCUGCAGCUGGAUCCUGAUCGAUCCGGGACAGAAGAAUCCGGACUGAGGCGAGUCGAGCGGAGACCAGACCAGGCCGGGCCAGACCAGCAGAGACCAGACACACACACAGAGGAGAUGAUGAUGAUGAUGAUGAUGAUGAUGAUGAUGUGUGUCCAGCGCCUUCAGGAUAAUCUGACACAGGAUCAGUGACGCCGCUCAGACUCGAACCUGGAUCCAACAUGGCCGCUGCGGGCGGAGCUUCAUCGUUAUUAACGGCGUGUCUGUGCGUCCUGCUGCUGCCUGCUGCAAGCGGGUUUCAGUCAGAGGACAGGGAGUGUGCGUUCACUGACCAGCUGCACCAGCAGGGGGCGGAGCCUCAGGGCCGACAGGCCAGUGAGCUGCGAGGGGUAGUGAGGGAGAACGGCACGAUCCGCUGCAGCCGCGGCUCUCGCUGCUAUGGAUUGUGGGAAAAGAGACCAGAUGGGGAAAUACACCUGGUAAAGCAAGGUUGCUGGACACACAUUGGCGACCAGCAGGAGUGCCAUGGCGACCGUUGCCUGGUAACGGCAACACCCUCUCAGAUUCAAAAUGGUAGCUACCGUUUCUGCUGCUGCAGCCACGACCUCUGCAACGCCAACUUUACCGAGACCCCGCCCACUGCCAACACCCCCGCCCUGAGGCUGAUGAAGACAGACGGACGGGACAACAGGCAGACAGAUCACCAGCCACUGCGGCGGGAGGUGCUCAUUGCCUUGGUAACUGUUGCCAUAGCAGCCAUCCUCAUCGUGGCGCUGUUCCUGGGAUACCGCAUGAUGAAAGGGAAGCAGAAACACAGUCUGUCUGCGCUGGAUGUGAUGGAGGCAGCAAACACUGUAUCUGCUGUCGACCUGGACAACCUGAAGCUGCUAGAGCUGAUUGGUCGAGGUCGUUAUGGCACCGUGUUUCGCGGAUGUCUCAAUGAGCGCUGCAUGGCCGUCAAACUCUUCAGCUCGGCCAACCGGCAGAACUACGCCAACGAGCGCUCCAUCUACUGCCUGCCGCUGCUGCAGCAACAUGACAACAUCGCCCGCUUCCUGACCGCAGAUGAGCGGACAACGGCCGAUGGACGGCCAGAGUUCCUGAUCCUCAUGGAGUACUACCCAAACGGCUGUCUGUCUCGCUACCUGUCGCUCCACACAGUCAACUGGUUGACGUGCUGCAGGAUGACUCACGGUGUGACCAGAGGACUGGCCUUCCUACACACUGAACUUUACAGAGCAGACCAGUAUAAACCAGCGGUGGCUCACAGAGACGUGACCAGCAGGAACGUCCUGGUUCGAGCCGAUCUGUCCUGCGUCCUUGCCGACUUCGGUCUGUCCAUGAGGCUCACAGGAAACCGGCCCUGUUGCCCCGGAGACGACGACACCAUGGCCAUAUCUGAGGUGGGGACCGUGCGCUACAUGGCUCCAGAGGUUCUGGGCGGAGCUUUGAACCUCCGGGACUGUGAGUCGGCGUUGAAGCAGGUGGAUGUUUAUGCUCUGGGUCUGCUCUACUGGGAGAGCUUCAGGAGGUGCUCUGACCUGUUCCCAGGUGAAGCAGUACCUGAUUACCAGCUGGCAUUCCAGGCAGAGCUGGGGAAUCAUCCGAGCUUCGAGGAGAUGCAGAUCCUUGUCACCAGAGAGAAAUACCGACCAAGGUUCCCCGAAGCGUGGAAGGAGAACAGCCUGGCGUUGCGUUCCCUGAAGGAGACGAUGGAGGACUGCUGGGAUCAGGAUGCUGAAGCUCGACUCACUGCUCAGUGUGCAGAGGAGAGACUGUCUGAACUCACACUGCUGAGUACACACACUGCAAUACACAACCACAGGAAUCUGUCUCUCGGCUGCUGGCCUCCUCAGGUUAGCUACGCCUCCUCCUACAUCGAGGAUCUCCAGGUGGGUUUGGUCAAGAAUCUCCAGGGAGACGGCCACCAAGUAUCAGUCGUCAAAACAACCACAAGCGGAGCAGAAGGACUCGAGAAAAACAGGAACUCCAUCAACUAUGAACGGCAACAAGCGCAGAGUCAGGCUCGCUCGGCCAGUUCAGACAGCUGUGUGUCAACUGCUGCUGCCAUGACGCCCGUCACCGCCCUCUGCACCAUCUCUGAGUCUGAACACACUGGUGGCACCGUUCCCAGUGGCCCAGUCUGCCUGCAGCUGACAGAAGAAGACCUAGAGGCCACAAAACUCAACCCCAAAGAGGUUGAUAUGAACCUGAGGGAAAGUUCUGAUGAAAACCUGAUGGAGCGUUCGCAGAAACAGUUUGGUUCAAGAGAGCAACCAACUACCAACCUGCUGUUCCAUCAGAUACUACAAACUACAGAGGUGAACAGCCCAGAGGUGACUACUCAUGGUGAGGGAAGUGGUGUUGGUUGGGUUGAUAUCCCUCCUUCCUCCUUCAUCCACCCCCUCCCGAAACAGCAGAACCUGCCCCAGAGGCCCACCAGCCUCCACCUCCUUUCCCAAACUAAGGAGACCACGUCAGCUUCCUCUCGCCUCAAGCUGGGGAAGCUCAAGUUGAACCACAGACAGGUGGAAACAGGCGUUGCUAAGAUGAACACGGUAACAGUGACCGAGGCUGCAGAGCCCCACCUGGUAACCAUGGUGACCAACAACACCAGCACAAGAGGCAAUGACACAACUGAGAACCGAGUCUACUCUACAGCAGUGGUCAUCAACAGCUACAAUGCAAGAGUCCCCACCCUGGUGACAAAUGGUAUUAUAGAUGGUGGUCGAACCAAUCCAGCAGGGCCACAGGUUGAGGAAGAGGACAAGAUAGAGGGACAGAUGAGUGGUGGAGAGGACAGCCAUCUGAACCUGCUCAACUCUAGCCCUGAUGAACAUGAACCACUGCUGCAGAGAGAACAGCUGCCUGCCGAGAGUGAAAACCUUCCACAUCUGCAUCAUCAUCAUCUUCAGUCACGAGCUGGGAACAUCCUGUCUGGACGAGGAUCAAACUUCAACAACAACAACAAUAGGCUAGUCUUGGGGUCAGAGGUGAAGAUCCAGGGUUUAGAGGUUAAACCUGAAAAUAUGAAGAGUUCAGAGGUCAGUCAGGGUAGAGACACUACUAAGUCUAAAGGUCAGCUACAACCAUCAAGUCAGCAGAUCAGUGCAUCACCUGCUACUGCUCCAGUUUCAAGUCUGGAAAAUAAAAUCCAGAUUCCAGGGUUAGGGUCUGGAAAGAAUCCAGAUUCUGGCCCAAGUCUACCCUCAACAGAAACAGCAGAAGUCCCAGGAACCCUAGUUUCACAAGCACAAGACCCAGAGACCUCUACUGCAUCUUCAAAAAGCCCAAUAGAUACCCUAACCCUAGAUCCAACAGCUUCAACUCUAGAAGCUCUAGAUGCUCAGGCCUCAGAUCUAGAAGGUCCAGCUCUAGAGGCUCCAGAUGUGAAUCCAACACCUUCACCACGAGCAGUUCCAACUUCAGAAUCAGAAUCUUUGGAAUCUCAAGGUUUAGGAACCACAGCUGUUGCAGUUCCUGAACCAGAAGCCUCAGCUCCACAACCUACAGCUGUACAAGGUCCACAAACUCAAGGUCUGUUGCAGCCCCAGAUGGGACAUGCCAAGGCCAGGAGGUCUGAGCGUCCCUGCUCCCUGGACCUGUCCUUGUCCUGCAUCUCAUCAGUUGAUGUUUCCGUGACAGAUAACGGCAAUCUGAGCACUUCAGGAGAGAAAAUAAAACGUCGUGUCAAGACACCGUACACCCUGAAAAAAUGGCGUCCAGCCUCAUGGGUUGUUUCCACGGAUACAGCUCUCGACCCAGAUUUCGAGUUCGGCACAAGUAGCAGUAACAGUCACCAGACCCACAUCUCAUCCAGUCUUCAUAGAGCAGGAAGCAUCGGCGUUCCAAAAAUCAACCAAUCAAAAUCCAGCAUGGCUGUCUUUUUGGUCGGAAGUGGAGCCACAGCGACCAUGACCUCUGAGUCUGAUGGAAUGACCUGCUUCUAAAGUUGUGUUAUAAUUAAACAUUUUCAAUUAUGUUUUUAAAUGAGAGCAGGUUAGUUUUUUCCCACUCUUCGUCUUCCUUUUCUUUAUUUGUGGAAAGAGUUCACAGUCUGCCACACCAUUUGGCAACCCAAACAAACUUUACUGGAUGGCGAAAUGGCCGCAGUAAAACACUCCCAGGCUACAGUGAUGAUUUGUUGAAGGUUUUUGACAGUCAGGCAAAGUGAAAUCCAACACACCAUGGGAACUAUUAUGGGAUUUCAUAAUGAAGAACUUGGAUUUGUAUUUAACAUUGUAUCUUCACUUCUCUAUCAACUGGAAGUUUUAGAAACAGCAAACAAUGUGCCUCAUUCCUGGGGAUUCCUUAACUUCUAGAUGAUUGGCUUAUGUUAUGACUAGUUUUAUGAAUAGUGGGUGCAGCCUUGACCCUGCCUGAGAAACAAAAUUACCUAGGAGCUCAAAAAUCUCUAUUGAUGGUUAUGUAAAAGAAGUCCCUUUCUGGUAGACCUUUAAGCUCCCACUGACUCACCAGUGGCUCCCAGGCUUAAAAAUCUCCUCCUAUAGUUGGUCAAGUGAAAGGUUUCUCUGUCCUGUUGUCAGUUGGGCUUCUGCUGUGAUUCAUCAUGUGGUUACUGGGUGUGGUCAGUGGUUGACAGGUGUGGCCUUAGGACUGAAACUGCCCCAGACCUCCUUUGAGGACAGAAAUUAAAUGAUUUAUUUUAAACAUAUUUCUGUUGGUGGUGGAGUUAGGGUUCACUAGUAACCAGUAGAUGAGGCCUCCCUGAGGACUGAAAUGUUUUCCUCUUGAUGGUGGAGUGAGGGUUUCCCUUAUCUAGUAGACAAUUGGCUCCUGUUGUAACUAGUCUUGUGGUUAGUGGAUAUAACCAGUUGCUAGUGGGUGUGUCCUUUACCCUACAGAGUAACAAAAUUGCCCAAGACUUAAAAAGUUUGUGUUGGUGUUAAAGCAAAAGAAGUUCCUUACUGAUAGACUUCUGGGUCCCACCGAGUCACCUGUGGCUAGUAGAUGUGGCCAGUGGCUAUUGGGUCCUAAUUCAAUCACACGUAAGGACUGACAUUGCUAAAGACCUUCAGAAUUAUCUGUUGGUGGUGAGGGUAGAUAUUUGGACACUUGCUGUGAUUUGGCUUUUGGCUAGUUUGGUCAGUGGCUAGCCUUGACCAGAAAGGAUUGGGUCAAGUCUGUAGUCUGAUUAUUUUAAGCACUUUAAACAAAGUUAUUUAAGAAACUAACAAACCAUAUAACGGCCGGUGCAAUUAAAAUAGUAACAGUGACACAUCUGGGAUUUCUUCUCUCUGUUUGUGGUUUUUGUACGUUUUCUAUGAUUUAAAGAGGAGUUUUUGCUUCAAGCUCUAACUCUAGCUAUGCAGUCAGCUCAUGAUAAUUCCUCCUGUUGAUAGUCUGUUUGGAUCAGAUGUGUAAUAGAUUGACAACAUUGCUUUUGGGGCAUUUUUAUUCAUUUACUUUGCACUUUCUUUUAUUAAGUAGUACUCAACUACCUUGUGAGGUCUGCUGUGGCUGAAGGAGAAGAAAUGAAAGGAAAGAUAAGCCACAUUUCUGCUGAGUGUAUCAAACAAUCAACCUUGUGAACAGUGUAGCCUCAGCCACAUACAACCUCCUCAGGUACCUUUACAACACUAGUAUAGGCUGAAACACUCACCCUUUUCUUGCUGUUUGAGGAUAAGCAGGAGAUGAAGAAAUAAGAUGCAAGUAAAGUCCUUCUGAACCUUCAGAGGAAAGAAGGUGAAAGACAGGAAAUGGACAGUUUUUUGGUUUAACAGACAAAAUGAACCUUUGAACAACUCCAAAGCUGUUUUAUUUACAUCUUGUAUUGUGUUAGUCACCCAUCCAUCUAAGAGUGGCUGAGUUUUGAUAGUUAGGACAGAGCUCAACCCCACUAUGACUCCAUAGUGAGUUACCAGUUUAUUAGGUGCACCAGUACAAUCUAAAAGCCUCUGAAUUCUUCAAACUAAGUGCUUUUCUGUUUUCUAACAACAACUAAAACCCCUUUUCCGAAAGUGGAAUCUGGGAGGGCUUUGUCUUUUGUAGCAUUUUCAGAAACAACUUUUUCACUCCACCUUCCAGUGUGGACAUUCUCAAUAUAGAAACACUUUGACGGGGACUGACCAAAUUACAUACAAGCUAGCACCCUUCAAUAAAUCACAUUUUUGUGUUUCCAAUGUUGUUAUGAGAAACACCUGCUAAUAUAAUGAAGUGUAGUACAACAUCAUCACUAACUGUGGUGUUGACUCAGCUUCUCGCUGACAUAGUGUCCAAAAAGACCAGGACUGUUCUGUUGGAUUGCUGUAGACUGUACACUUGUACCUCAUAAACUGGUAAGUCAACGAAUGGUCAAAGGCCAUUGAGUGGACACAAAGUAGACACAAGAUUCAUGUAGUCAUUCCCAUCCUGAUCUGAGGAAAUACUGCCAGUUCAAGUUAGACCAAGGUUGGAUUUGCAGCUCAGAAGCAGAAAUGAGAGACGUGGAAUUUAAAAAAUGUGCUUCUUUUUCAUGUUUGAUAUAUCUUGCUUAAUGUAGGUAAUGAUUAACCAAGAAAGAGGUUUGGUUCCAGAAAUGUAACCACAUAACAUUUUCUACUCUUGGAUAUCUCUUUUUUUGUCUGUGUUUUGGUUCAUGUUCCUUCCUGUUUUAGAAUGGGAAGGACCCUGAAAUUCUCCAUUCAGCUGAAUGUUAGAGAAUUUUUCUCGCCUGUGUUGGUUAAGAAACUUUAGCAGCUAUUGACUAACAAUGAAAUGAGUUGGAAAGUAAUGUGUUGGCAUGUGCCUGUUAUUCCUUGCUUCUUAUUCCUCAUCUUACCCAUCAUUACUACAUAAAUAUUGUCGUUUACUCA